AUGGCUCCUCAGACAGCCAUGGCCAAGGCCCUGCUCGUGCUGCGAUGCGCCAGCUCCCGACAUGCCGCUGGCCAGUCCUCCUGGGCCCUGAGCCGACUUCACAGAGCGCGCGGCAUAGCGACGUCGUACCUGGAAAAGGUCGCGGAAGGCAACAAGCGCUGGGAGGAAAAGGCAGUGAAGAUCAAGAAUGGCGAGCUGCCUCAUGUCUGGGAUAUCCUUGACGAGAGAGGCUAUAUCAAGGACGUCGCGGGAACCCCCGAAAAGAUCAAGGAACUGAUGCGGGUCAAGCGAAUAGGCGCCUACGUCGGCGUCGACCCCACGGCAGACUCCAUGCACGUCGGCCACCUGCUCCCCAUGAUGCCUCUCUUCUGGCUGUGGUUCCACGGCCACCCCGCCGUGACGCUCCUCGGAGGCGCGACGGCGCGAAUUGGCGAUCCGACCGGCCGCUUAGAGUCGCGCGACAUCUUGUCCAACGCGGACAUUUCCAAGAACGUCACCAAGAUACACUACCAGCUGUCGAGGCUAUGGCACAACGUGGCGGCCCUGAGGGACAAGUACGGCUACGAAAAGGAUUGGGCGGCGAAGCAGCGGCUGCUCAACAACAGCAUGUGGCUGCAGGGCUUGACCAUGUAUGAUUUCACCAAGAGGCUUGCACGAUAUACCAGGAUUGGGCCAAUGUUGUCACGCGAUACCGUCAAGCGGAAAAUGACAGAGGGCGACGGCAUGUCACUGGGCGAAUUCAUGUAUCCCCUCUUCCAGGGCUGGGACUUCUGGCACAUGUACCAGAAGCUGGGUGUGCAGAUGCAGAUUGGCGGCUCCGACCAGUACGGAAACAUUGUCGCCGGCAUCGAUGCCUUGAAGAUUGUCAGAGAGUCCGAGGAAUUUCCCCAUCUGAAGAUUGAUUCCACAUGGCAGAACGAGCCGGUAGGCUUCACCGUGCCACUCCUGACGGAUUCCGCGGGCGUCAAGUUCGGCAAGAGCACGGGCAACGCGGUCUGGCUGGACGAGUUCAAGACUUCGCCCUUUGAGCUCUACGGCUACUUCAUGCGACGGUCGGACGAGGAGGUCGAGAGCCUCCUGAAGCUAUUCACCUUCAUGCCGAUGACCAAGAUCCAGGAGGUCAUGGUCGAGCACCAGGCCGACCCAGCGAAGCGCAUCGCCCAGCACACACUCGCGUUCGAAGUCCUAUCUCUCGUCCACGGCUCGCAGCGGGCCGUGCAGGAAGCCCAGCAGCACCAGUUCCGCUUCGGCGGACAGCUGCCGUACUACAUCAGGGAACCCGCCCCCGAGACGGGCAUCCUGACGCCCAACACGGCGCCGCGGAAGGACAUUGAGCUACCCCACUCGGUGCUCAAGCUCUCGCCCGCCAAGAUCCUCUACGCGGCCGGCCUCGUCAACAGCGCCAGCGAGGGCCAGCGGCUCGUCGCGCAGCAGGGCGCGUACGUCGCCGCCCGGCCCGGCCAGAAGCGCGGCCUCGUGCCGGGCAACCUCGAUUGGACGCCCAUGAAGCUGUGGUUCCCCGAGGAGACGGCCAAGUUUGUCAUUGACGACAAGCUGCUGAUCCUGCGCAAGGGCAAGCACAACGUGCGCAUCAUCGAGCUCGUCAGCGACGAGGAGUGGACGGCGAGCAAGCGCAUCUAUCCCGGGCAGCCCUUCACCGGCGUCGUUCGACAGGUCAAGGAGCAGCUGAGGGCCGAGGCGGAGGAGAAGGGCGAGCAUAUGUCGAAUAGGAGGAUCGUUACGGAGCUCAACAGGAGGAAGCGGGAGGAGGAGGGUGUCAGGGUGCCGAAUAACCCCGACAUUGAGCUGCCGAGGAGGGUGCCGUCGUGGCUGAAGAGGGGCAAGGUGAACAAGGGUGACUCAUCGAGGUAG